UCCUGACAGUCUGCAAGGAUUUCAAGACUGUUGGGACCCCGGGCUGGCCCGGGUGUGAUGCACAAAAAACUUCGUGCCAUUUUUGAGAGCUUAUCUUAUUCUGAGAAGAAGAAGGGUCUCAUGUAGCCCAGGCUGGACUCAAGCUCUUAUUGCUGAGGAUCCCCCUGCCUCCAUCUCUGAAGUGCUGGGACCACAGGUGUGCGUCACCACUCCUGGCUUAUGGAUGCUGUGGUGGUACCCAGGGCUGCAUGCCCGCCGGCCUUCCUCUCUGCGCAGGGGGUGCACGUGGAGCACACGGCACGGCUACAUGGAAUCCACUUCACCAGCUCUCUUCUGCAGGAGGCCUCCGAAUACUACCGCCUGCUCACACCUGCUCUGCAGACACUGUUUGUGAGCAGUUUCCGAAAAACAGAGUUAGAAUGGAGCUGUGCAGGCUGCACUGUGCUCAGUUACAGGGAUGGGAAUUCCAGCGUGUUUGUGCACUUCCGGCUCCACUUCCUGCUGCGAGCCGUCCAGCCACUGAGCCUGGACCAAGAGGAAGACAUCUUGCAGAAAGGCAUCCAGGCAAGGCUGGGGGAACACGGUCUUCCCCUGGCUGCCUACGGCACCAUCAUGUCAGUGGAGCUGACAGGAAGGUGUGAAGGUCCGGUGACCGAGAGGGACUUAAAGUCAGGCCGCUGCCCCGAGAACGCCUUCUCCUGUGCAAACAGUCAGUGUGUGAGCAAAGAGAACCCGGAGUGUGACAACAGGGUGGACUGCUCCGAUGGCUCCGACGAGGCUCAAUGCGACUGCGGCUGGCAGCCUGCCUGGAGGUCAGCGGGCAGGAUCGUGGGCGGCGUGGAGGCGGCGCCCGGGGAGUUCCCCUGGCAGGUCAGCCUUCGCGAGAACCAUGAGCACUUCUGCGGGGCCACCAUCAUCGGGGCCAGGUGGCUGGUGUCCGCGGCCCACUGCUUCAACGAAUUCCAGGACCCUGCGCAGUGGGCGGCCCAGGCCGGCAGCGUGCACCUGAGCGGCUCGGAGGCCAGCGCCGUGCGCGCACGCGUGCUCCGCAUCUCCAAGCAUCCGGCCUACGACGCGGACACGGCGGACUUCGACGUGGCGGUGCUGGAGCUGGCUCGCCCGCUGCCCUUCGGCCGCUACGUGCAGCCCGCCUGUCUCCCCGCCGCCACGCACGUCUUCCCGCCGCGCAAGAAGUGCCUGAUCUCGGGCUGGGGCUACCUGAAGGAGGACUUCCUGGUAAAGCCGGAGGUCCUUCAGAAGGCCACCGUGGAGCUGCUGGACCAGAGCCUGUGUGCCAGCCUGUACGGCCACUCGCUCACCGACAGGAUGCUGUGCGCCGGCUACCUGGACGGGAAGGUGGACUCCUGCCAGGGCGACUCGGGGGGACCCCUGGUCUGCGAGGAGCCUUCCGGGAGGUUCUUCCUGGCCGGCAUCGUGAGCUGGGGCAUCGGCUGUGCGGAAGCGCGGCGGCCGGGCGUCUACACCCGCGUCACCCGGCUGCGGGACUGGAUCCUGGAGGUGACGCGCGCGCCUGCGGUCCCCACCGCGGCUCCUGCGCCCCUCACCCCCGGCCCUCCCCGGCCCACCAGCCCUGACAGCCCGCUGCCCGGCACCUCGGCCAGACCCACGGCGGCGCCCAGCACCACACCAAGACACCCCAGCACGGCGGCCAAGCCACAAGAGUGUGGGGCCAGGCCUGCGAUGGACAAGCCCACUCGGAUUGUGGGUGGGCUCAGCGCUGUGCCUGGGGAGGUGCCCUGGCAGGCCAGCCUGAAGGAAGGAUCCAGACAUUUCUGCGGAGCCACCGUGGUGGGUGACCGCUGGCUGCUGUCCGCCGCUCACUGUUUCAACCACACCAAGGCAGAACAGGUGCAGGCGCACCUGGGCACCGCGUCCCUGCUGGGUGUCGGCGGGAGCCCCAUCAAGCUGGGGCUGCGAAGGGUGCUUCUGCAUCCCCGCUACAACCCAGGCAUCCUGGACUUUGACGUGGCCUUGCUGGAGUUGGCCCGGCCGCUGGUCUUCAACAAGUUCAUCCAGCCCAUCUGUCUCCCCUUGGCCAUCCACAAGUUCCCUGUGGGCCGGAAGUGCAUGAUCUCAGGCUGGGGCAACAUGCAGGAGGGAAAUGCCACCAAGCCCGACAUCCUGCAGAAGGCGUCCGUGGGCAUCAUAGAGCAGAAGAUGUGUGGUGCCCUGUACAACUUCUCCCUCACGGACCGCAUGCUCUGCGCCGGCUUCCUGGAGGGCAAGGUUGACUCCUGCCAGGGCGACUCUGGUGGCCCGCUGGCAUGUGAGGAGACACCAGGUGUCUUCUACCUGGCGGGCAUCGUGAGCUGGGGCAUUGGCUGUGCUCAGGCUAAGAAGCCCGGUGUAUAUGCACGCAUCACUCGGCUCAAGGACUGGAUCCUGAAGGCCAUGACCUCAGGCCCCAGCUCCACACCUCGCCCCCACACCUCCAGCACACGGCUUAUCCCUAACCUGCCCCCCAGAACCACAGCUGCUGGCCUCACUGUCCAAGAGGCCACCACCAGACCGGCAACCCCCAGGGCCACCAGCAGGGUGACCACUAGACCACUCAACAGGACGCUGUCUGCCAGGAGCACCACCAGGGGACAGACACCAGCCCCGAAUGCCCCAGGCACCACCACGCAUUCCCAACUGCCAGACUGUGGCCUGGCGCCCCCGGGGGCGCUGACCCGGAUCGUGGGUGGCAGCGCGGCCUCGCGUGGGGAGUGGCCCUGGCAAGUGAGCCUGUGGCUGCGGAGCAGGGAGCACCGCUGCGGGGCCGUGCUGGUGGCCGAGAGGUGGCUUCUGUCCGCCGCACACUGCUUCGACAUCUACGGGGACCCUAUGCAGUGGGCAGCCUUCCUGGGCACCCCGUUCCUGAGCGGCGCCGAGGGCCAGCUGGAGCGGGUGGCACGCAUCUACCGCCACCCGUUCUACAACCUCUACACGCUGGACUACGACGUGGCGCUGCUGGAGCUGGCGGGUCCCGUGCGCCGCAGCCGCCUGGUGCGACCCAUCUGCCUGCCGGGGCCCGCGCGGCCCCCCGAAGGCGCGCGCUGCGUCAUCACCGGCUGGGGCUCGCUGCGGGAGGGAGGCUCCAUGGCCAGGCAGCUGCAGAAGGCGGCGGUGCGCGUCCUCAGCGAGCAGACGUGUCGCCGCUUCUACCCGGUGCAGAUCAGCAGCCGCAUGCUGUGCGCAGGCUUCCCGCAGGGCGGCGUGGACAGCUGCUCGGUGAGUGGGGCUCUCUCGGUGGCCCGGGCUGGCCUGAAGUCUUGCGACGCUGCUGCCAGUUGGAGGCAGGGUCUCACUGCACUCGGCGAUCCCCGAGUCCCAGGAACCCUCCUGUCUCGGCCCCCUGAACGCUGGUUUUUCACCUGGGAUCUGGGGUUUAAUUCGGGUCCUCAGGCUGUGUAACAAGGGCCCCCGAUUGAGCCUGCCCGGGAGUCUCUCCCACCCUGCCCACCACUGACCCGGGACAUGCCGUGGCACAACUGCUUGCUCAGAGACAACACGCGGGUCUCCCAACCCCACAUCCUCCCGGAGGGCCCAGUUGCUCCAAGCUGGGGGACUGAGGCAGGAUUCCUGUGUUUGAGAUGAGAGCCUGCCUCGAUGACAACACAUUCACACAACUCCUUACAAAGUACACGGCGGUCACUGGCUGUGCAGACGCCAGGACCCGGGUUCGGAUCCCCGGGAGACACACAAAGGCCCGUGGUCACUGGCUACAAGCACCUGUCACCCCAUUCUGUGCGAGACAGGAUGGCUGGGAACUGAUGGCCACCACCUACUUCCGGGGUCACAGGAAGUCCCCACAUCUAAAGGGAAUGGAGAGCAAUAAAGACAACUACCCAGCACCCCAGGCCUUCAUGAGCACCACACGCACACAGAUGCGCAUGCACACACACCGGGUCCUGGCAGAGGGCGCAGCCGGGGGCAUUAAGAAAACACACUAGCACUGAACCCAUUCCGUCCAUGGCUCAAGUGAGGCCCCUUGGCAGUUUCUCAUGUGGGGUCCUUCCGGGUCCCAAGGGCUGCUGGCCUGAGCGCACUUUCUCCUUCAGGGUGACGCAGGGGGACCCCUGGCCUGCAGGGAGCCAUCUGGCCAGUGGGUGCUAACUGGGGUCACCAGUUGGGGCUAUGGCUGUGGCAGGCCCCACUUCCCGGGCGUCUACACUCGAG